GCUAAAAAUUGUAGUAAAUGCUACUAUACUUGAUGUUUAGCCCCAGAACUUGCGCAGCAGUAAGAACUUGCCACAGAAAUUCUCUAAAUCACAGAAAAGCCCCGAAUUACUUGAAGGAUGAAUCUUUUCGGUUACUGACCGACACCGAGCCUGAGCUCAGACUUCCUCUACAGCAACCCGAGAAAGGGCGGAAAGAAUAGCAUCAAGAAUCCAAUCCCUAGGAUACAUUUAUCAGAUUGGAGCUGUACAUAGAGAUGCAACGAGUGAAAUCUGCCUCAUCUGUUUUAAGCCGUUAUACAGCAAAUAAUAAUGGUGGCUUUAUCUCCAGGCUAAAACGAUGCCUUUCUUCUCUGUCCAACAGUCCCCUCACCGAUGAUCAGGAAAACUUUGUGUUGGUGGAGGGAAAUGGCGCUUCCAGAACUGCAAUUCUCAAUAGACCCUCUGUGCUUAAUGCCCUUAACACUUCAAUUGGGGCUAGGUUACAAAAGCUGUACUCAAGUUGGGAGGAUGAUCCUGAUAUCGGGAUUGUGCAAUUGAAGGGCAGAGGCAGGGCAUUUUGUGCUGGUGGUGAUAUUGUAGCUCUUUAUAAUGUGAUACGCCAAGGGAAUAUUGAACAGGGUAAAGAAUUCUUUUGGACAACAUACAAUUUCAUUUAUAUGCUCGGUACAUACUUGAAACCACAUGUUGCACUAUUACAUGGAAUUACUAUGGGUGGUGGAGCUGGAGUCUCAAUUCCUGGAACAUUCCGAGUCGCAACUGAUAAAACUGUUUUUGCUACACCUGAAACAUUAAUUGGUUUCCACCCGGAUGCUGGAGCAUCUUUUUACCUCUCACAUCUGCCUGGUUAUUUAGGAGAGUACUUGGCCCUCACUGGAGACAAACUCAAUGGAGUGGAAAUGCUAUCCUGUGGGCUUGCUACACACUAUUCACUAGCUGCUAAGCUUCCUUUAAUUGAGGAACAACUUGGAAGCUUGGCUACUGAUGAUCCGUCUGUCAUCGAAGGUUCUCUGCAAAACUUUGGAGACCUUGUCCACCCAGAUCCAACAAGUGUGGUUCACUGGUAAUCAUUUGCCUAUAGAAGGAUUUUGGGAGAAUGUCUAUGUAAUCUCAAUUUAUUCUAUUAACAGUCAUCUCGUUCUCAAGCCAAUCACCAUGAUACCGUAUUCCUCGUUAUCAGAAUGACAUCAAAAGACAUACUAACUUGGGCAGUAGCU